AUAUUUGGAAAAAAAGGAAAAAUUAUUCCCCUCUUCAAAGCCAACGACCCAACAGCACCUAACAACUACCGACCUAUCACUAUCAGUUUACCUAUCCUAAGUAAAAUCAUGGAGCGCAUAGUUCACAGGCAAGUCUACAAGUAUCUACGGGAGCAUAAUCUUACCACUUCGGAACAGUUUGGUUUUCGCUCGAAUUUAUCUACAAAUGUUGCAUUAACGCGAGUUACUGAGGAAAUUCUACCUAAUAUCGACAACAAAUUAGCUACCGGUGCUGUUUUUAUUGACUUACGAAAAGCCUUCGACACAGUUGAUCACACCCUACUAAUUGCUAAAUUAAAAAAUACUGGAUUUUCAGCACCUGUUAUAAACUGGUUCACAUCUUAUUUAUCUUCACGUACAGUCAUGACAUCGAUCAACAACAUCACGUCAACUCCAAAACCAGUAACC